CACGACACGAUCUCGCCGCGCCCCACUGCGUCCCGCACCGCGUCGUUUCGCUUCGCAUGACCUCGUGCAGUAGACACGAGACGAACGCACGUAUUGUUGUAUUAAAUUUUGAGCUGAUAGAACUUUAUAAAUCGCGAUUAUUAUUUCGAAAUAAUAUAAUUUGAAGUGUGUAAUUAUAACAGUUAAAGCAAGAGAAAUAAGUUAGGCGACAAGAACAAUAAUUUGUCGUUUAAAAGGAAUCCUUUGUAGUGCAUAAUAACUAAUACACACACUAUUCACCGAGGACUUUAUUUACGUAAUUUUGAAACAUGUAAUUUUUCUCAUACGUGAUUAAUUCAUCGAAGUUAUGACGAUGCCAAAGAAUAAGAAGAUUUUAGAAGAAAUACAUCCAUUAAAUAUAAUAAAAGAAGUGCAAAAAUGGCCAGUGUUGUACGAAAAAGAUAACCUGGAGAGGACAAACUUUCAUUUUAAGACCAAAGUAUGGAAAGAAGUCGCAAAAACCUUAAUACCUGACUGGGAAGAAUUAAGUGAAAUUCAAAAAGAAGUUAAAGUGUCGGAUCUAAGCAAGAAGUGGCGGAACCUUCGCGAUACGUUCCGAAGACAUGUGGAAUCUGAACGGCGGGCGCAGCGCAUUGGCGGCGGAACGGAUUCUCCGCGGCGGCCGUACGUCUACUUCAAACACAUGUCAUUUCUACUGCCGCACGUCGCUUCGCCGUCCGAUACAGGAGACAUCACAGAUGUCCUCGCGACCGAAACGCAAUACACGCCGCGGCCAGCUGAGCCUACACGCCUUAAGAAACGCAAACGCAAGUUACAGCCAUGCAAUCUUCCGACGACAGAGAAGAUAGAUGAAGAUCGACAUUUUCUAAUGUCGCUGAUUCCCUCUUUUAGAAAGAUGUCAGACAAUGAGAAGCUUACAGCGAAGGUGGAAAUACUUAAAGUCAUUCAACAGGUACGGAGUUCAAGCGCGGGCAUAGAGUUUAGGAGCGCAGAUGUGUUCAUUGAGGAAGGGAUAACAGAGGGCGGUGGAGGGGUCAAAUUAGAGCUGCUUCCUGAAGGGCACGGUGAACCCAGUUACUCAGAAACCGACGACGACGAAGAUUUGAGUACCUAAUCUUGGUUCUGGAACCACACAGAUGUGCUGCUACGGAUUACAGAGUGAUGGACACAGACUGAUCUGUCAAGUUAUUAGUAUAGUCUUAGUAAAGUGUGAAGUGACAACAUUUGUCGUGCUGAUAUGUCAUAUAUUUUCGGUUUAUACAAAACUUAGUAUAACUGAGUUAAAACAAUAACAUGAAAGUAUUGCAUACUUAAGUAAGCUUUUAAAACCUUAACGCUUAAAUAUGGGGUACAUUCUGGACGAGUGCCCCGUGAUGCAUUCUUGCUGCUGUUGUGUUCCACUACGAGCGGGAGUAGUAGCGAGUGGCGUUGCCGGACUGAUAGGCGCCGGAGGAUUUUUGUGGGUUGGUAGCACGGAAGGUGCGCGCCGGCUAGCAACAAGCGGUGUAGUGGGAACAUCGCUGCUAAGGCCCGUGCGCUAUUUCUGCGGAGCGUCCGGUGUAUUGUUAGCAGCCGUACACGCACUUGUAGUUGCUGCCGCUGUUCACGAAAGCGAUGCAUUGUGCGAGGUGUACAUUUGGUUCAUGGUUGUAUGGAGCGCGGUGUCAUUUGUUCUGGCAGCGGUAGUGAGUGCUCAAGCAGCACUGGCCUCAUUCGAAGCCUCUGCGUUCGCUGCGCUUGCCUCCGCUCUUCUACUUCUUGUAACAGUCUGUUUUCUCAUUCUUAUCGUAGCUAAUUAUAGGAUGACUCUACCGUAAAUGUAAGAUGGAUUCAAUUAUACUUUAUACUAUUUU